GGAUUAAUAUCGCCGCACUACCUCCGGUCGCAACACACAGCAGAAACGCGGCCGCCCACAGAAAGCCGUCGAGUUCAGGAGAUAGUCGGAGGAGAAGAGGAGGAUGGGCUUCGAGAAGGAGAUCCUGAGAGCCGGCACCGGCCCCAAGCCGACAAAGGGCCAGAAGGUUACCGUCCACUGCACCGGCUACGGGAAGGAUCGUGAUCUAUCCAAGAAAUUUUGGAGCACCAAGGACCCAGGGCAGCAGCCAUUCAGUUUCAACAUUGGUCUGGGUUCAGUGAUCAAAGGAUGGGAUGAGGGAGUUAUGACCAUGCAAGUGGGUGAAGUUGCUCGUAUCCAGUGCACCCCGGACUAUGCUUAUGGAGCCGGUGGAUUUCCGGACUGGGGAAUUCAACCAAACUCGGUGCUGUUGUUCGAGAUUGAAGUCCUCGGUGCCCAGUAAUUCGCUGUGCAAUUCUGGAAGGAGCUAUGGAGCAUCUGCGUUGCCUCUUAAGUACUGAAAUAAAUCCAUUGUCACCUCAUGCUACAUACAGCAGACUGGUGUUCUUAGUAAAUCCUGUAAAACUUUAACACAGUGUGGCCAUGAUAUAUCAAGUUUAUGGAAUUUCUUGUGGUACAACUCUCA